AUGGCCCUCUGGAUUGAUCUUAUACCGAAACUGCACGCCGAAAGCCGCUACCACCACCACCACCACCACCACCACAACAACAACAACAAUAAUAAAAACAAAAUCAAUGUUAACAAUAGAGAUAAAAAACCUGAGAACAGUGAUAAUGUUCAAGAUGAGGAUGAUGACGAUGAUGAUGAUUUAAGUGAGGAUCACGAAGAAGACGAUGACGACGACGAUGACGAUGAUGAAAAUUAUCAUGAGUUGGAGGACUAUAGAAACAAAUCAAGAUUCGAGCCGUACGUUACGUUCUUCCACCAGCGAAAACAACAACAACACCAACAACGACAUUUUGGUAACACUUCCAAGAUUCAUUCACCCUACGAUCCAUCUCUCCGCCAGCAACAACAACAACAACUACAACAACAACGUAACAACAACUACUUCCGUCACAUCAAUCACAUCCCGUCCUUCCCACAUCAACACUUACAAGAAAUUCACAACAACCACAACCACAACUUGCAAACACUACACAACAAACAACAACAACUCAUUCAAAACACAAAAAAACAGCAGAAACAAAGCACCAAAGCCAACAACAACAACAACUCGACUUCGAGAAACGAACAACAACAGCCACAAAACACUAACAAAACUCUCGCGGCUGCAGUACCGCUGCUGGCGACACUAACCGUCGGCUUGGCGUUAUUUUGCUGCAACUUUGUCAUGUUUUGUGCCGUCUGCCGUCAGAAAAAAAGAUUGCGAAAAGAAAGAAUCCUCUUGAAGUUAGACAACGUUGAAAGAAAUUUCAGCACUAAAUCCAACAGCAGCAACAACGAUAAAGAGCUGUUGUACUGCAGCGGCAACAAAAAUAACAGCAACAACAACAACAACGACACAACAACAACUACCAGUCUGAUAAAAUCAACUCUCAGUAUUUCACCUUCCAAAUUGAAUCGCUUGACGAUCGACUCGAGAAAACAUCAUCAACAUCGUCAUCAGCAGCAGCAGCAAAUGCAGCAGCAGCACAGCUACCAGCAGCAGCAGCAGCAACAAGAUUUCACAAACAAAUCAAACAACAACAACGCUUAUGUUAUCAGAACUCCUGACACUUCACUGUUUCACAAAUUCUUAACCACCCCUCCAAACCCAUCACCACCACAAAGCGCUCUACCACUGACGACGAUCACUAUUUCUACCACCACUGCUAUUCCCACAAUCACUCCAUCCCAAUUCUACCACAUACCCUCACCACCCGCCAAAUGCUGCCAGCAGAAUGACGUGAUCAAAAGUUUUGGCAGAGCUGAAAACUGCUUCCCGGAUGAUCACAUCGGAAGUAGUAGCAGUAGAAAUCAUUACGUCAUACAGUCAUCUAUGUCAUCGUCAACAGCGUCGUCGUCAUCGUCAUCACUGGACGUGACCCACGCCCCAUCCAAAAGGUCAAAGGUCAAGUUCACCAAAAAGACCACCAAUCAAAACAAGUUUUUAAACUGUCCGGACAUUUAUGAAGAUGAUGACGACGAUGAUGAUGCCGACGAUGAUGGCGGUGGUGUUGAUGAUGAUGUCCGUAAUAAAAAAAAAUUUGAUGGCGAUGAUAAUAGUACUGUGAAUAGUAAUAAUAAUAACAUCAACAAUAAUAACAGAUAUUUCAGCAAUAAUACUAAUAACAAUAAUAGCAUAAUCACGUGCUAUUUAAGCAGAACUUCCGGUGAAAAUGUUGAUAAUUUUUCAGGAUCUGGCUUAAAAAAUUUUCUUUUCGCCACCACAACAGCAGCAGUAGCAGUAGCAACCACAUCUGCCACAUCAACAACGUUGUCAAUCAGGAGUCUGCCUAGAUACACAACAACAACAUCAGCAACUGUUGCUGCAACAACUUUGUUGCCUGCAGCGGCAUCAGCAGCAACGUCAUCUGCGACCACUCGUUUUUAUGACGCGAACAAUAAAAACAGUUCGUCGUUCACCUUGAAAUCAUUGGCUGUUGAUAUAACACAACAAACCCCGAAACAACAUCAACAACAACAACAACAACAUCUUCAACAGCAACAAUAUCAGCAACAACAACAACAGCACUCUCAACAUAUCAUCUUCAACCAGCAACAUUCCCUACCGCGCCAGCACCACACAGAUUACGACUCUAAAAUAAAUAAUCAGAUGACGUCAUCGUCAACAGCGAUGACGUCAUCAACUACAACAUUUUUUAACGGUACAUUUCCCUUGCUAAUGAAUGGCGGACUGCAUAUUAGCGCUGUCAACCAACAACAACAACAGCAGCAACAACAGAUAUUAUUGAAUCGUCCUCACAAACAACAACAACAGCAACAAUUACAUCAACAACAGCAACAAUUGAAGUCAAUCGCAUCCUUACACCAACAACCAAACGACAGCAGCAACAUCAAUGACGACAACAGCAGCAACAACAACAACAACUGCAGCUUUAGCGACAACACCAGUCAACUAACAUUCCCUUCAAAAGAUCCAUCAACUAUCGUCUAA